CGCUUGCCUUCUCCGGUCGCCUUGCCCCGCUCGCGCCCGUUCGCCUUGCCGUCCCCUGCCUCUUCCUCCCCCGCGCCGUGGCGCGCCCCCCCGUCCCCGCGCCCGCCUCCUUGCCCCCCCCGCGUCCCUCUCCUUUUUUGCCUGCCGCGCUUCCCCCCCCCCCGUUCCUUCUCUGUCCCUCCCCCUUCGCCCUCCCUUUCCGCUCUUUCCUCGCCUCCUCUGCUG